AGUCGAUAAUUGCGUACCAAAAUAAAUAACUUCUCGAUAAGUUUCUAUCGAUAUGAAAAAUGAAGGGAGGGUAUGAAUGCAUACUCUAUCAAAUAGGCAACAUCAACAGUGGCACCCAAAAAAGGUGAAGUAUAAGUGGGUGGGGGAGUGCAGAACAGCAACAACUACAAGAAGAGAGAAACAGCUGCCCACCCUCCAAAGUUGAAGCCAUGCAAAUUAUAUAUGGGGAUAUCAUUGUGUUUACUCUUCUGCUUCUCCUUUGUCGCCACAUGCACUGCACUUUUCUUAACAUUUGAUGUAUGUUACACUGAUCUGAAACAAAUGGGCUGUAUAGUUGACUUUUGGGGGAUAAUACAGCAACAUUUCUUGGCCUAAAGUGGCUCUUAGAGAGGAAAAAAAAAAAGUAGUUAUAAUGCCAUUUCAUCAUCAUCAUCACCAUCACCAUUCUCUGUAGCUAUUUGCAGUGAGUGGGUGCACUCAGUAAAACCCAGUUUUCUGCCCCCUCAACCCUUCUGAAAUUUGUCUGUGGUGAUCAAAGCCCUUCCUUAAUUCCCUUGUCCACUACCAAAGGUUCAUAUAUAAAUAGGAUAUGGCUUCUCCCCCCAUCUCCCCCUCUUCUUCCCAUCCAUUAGCUUUACUGGCAUAAAAAUAUUACCAAGUUGGAGGAAGUUAAAGACCCACAUAGAGCUUCAAGCAAGCCAUUUAGGUAGCUAGCUAGCUAGAUAUCCCCAUCCAUGGCUAUAGCAACUAGUACCACAAGAAUGCUCACCACCUGUCUGCUGCUGCUCUACCUCUGCCUCUUCACUGGUCUCAGCAGCUGCUCAUCUUCAACUUCUGCAGGAAUGGCUGAGGGCUCCAAACAAGGCAUCAUGGUGGAUCCAAAUGAUGAUCUCCCUCUCUAUUACAAGGAUGGAUACCAAGAACUGAAGAACAAGGUGAAGGUGAUGAUGAAGACAAGGAAGCUGCUUAUGAUGGAUGUGAAAGAUUAUGAUGAAACUGGCGCAAACCCUAGACACGAUCCUCGCAAGGGCAGAGGCAGGAACCCUUAAUUACAAACCAGAAUCAUCAUCACCACCCUUAUUAGUAAACUAUAAAUACGUAUUUAGCAU